AUGGAUAAGCGAGACGGACAGCCACCCGAGCCUGGAGGGGAGGACCGCACGCAGCAGCAGCAAGAGGACGGGCAGACGACACAGCCACCGCCGGUGAGCGCCGCGGGUGGCGCAGCUGCUUCGCCUGCGGCGUCGAGGCGCUGGUCGUCGUCUUCUUCAUCUUCGGUUGUUCCGGUGGGGCGCAGAAAGCGGUCAACGCCCAGGCACCGGCCCUACGAAGCGGAAGAUGACGAUGAGCUCACAACAACGGAGAUUGAGGUCGAAGAAGAGCUGGACGACAGCGACUACAGCGAUCGAUAUGAGGAAGAAGAUGAUGAGGAGAAUGGGAAGCGCAGGUCAAGGAGAUUGCUGGGCAGCAGCACGUCGAGUAUCGACCUCAACAGCUCGGGCGAGGGCAAGACGUUGCGGAAUCGCAAGGUGAGCUUCCAAGCUACGCCCCGGGGCCGCUACUCGGGCGAGUCCCGGCGCUCCGGCUCCUCGUUCGACCACAGGCGUUCCUCGUGGGACUCGUGCGACGAAGAGCGCCUGUCGUUCCACUACAAGCCGUCGGCCACCUUCACGGAGGAUCAGCCUCGACCAGCCGACAAUGAAUCGAUGGUGAGUGUCGGCAACGUGUUGUGGGUCGUGUUCUUCGGCUGGAUCCUCUACAUUGGCUAUGCUCUCGCUGCGCUUGUCAUGUGCAUCACCAUCGCCGGCAUCCCCUAUGGUCGACUCUGCUGGAAACUGAAGGACUACUACCUCUGGCCCUUUGGCAAGUACAUCGUUAAACGCCCCGGCGGGCGCCCGAUGGUCGGGUGGCUGGAGACCUUCUCUGUCGCCGACCUGUUCGGCCGGUGCUUCGGCGGCAAGACCAAGGCGCCAGGCAAGGACGGCGACGCCCCCGUGCCCAUCCUCGAAGCCGAGGAAAACCCCAAGCAGCGACUGUCCAUCGAGGACCAAAAGAUUGGCCUGCUGAGCGGCCGAAAGCCGAUCAAUCAGGACCCGGGCAGCGAGCAACCGAAGAAGAGGCGCUCCGUCCGCUCCUACGCCAUGUACAUCAUCUGGCUUUGCACCGGCGGCUUGAUCGUGAACGUACUGCACUGCAUCGUGUUCGCGAUGUGUUGGAUGUCGGUGGUGUUGAUCCCGGCGGCCAAGGUCAUGAGCACCGGCAUCUGGCUCAACGUGCAGCACCCCAAGAACGUCCGCAUCUACCGCAGUGCCCCCGCGGGCGAGGCGCUCAACGUCAACUACUACCAGUACAGCGUCUUCGGGCUCAACGUCAUUCUCGUCAACAUGCUGCCGUUCGUGGCUAUCACGCUCGUGCUGGGCUAUGCGCCGCUGCCCUUCCACCCCAACCCGAUCGUGCUCUUCGUCACCUCGCUCUUUUCCAUCACCCCCGUGGCCUACUACAUCGGCAUGGCGGUCGCCAGCAUCGCGGCCCGUACCAACUAUGCCAUCGGUGCCAUGCUUAACGCCAUCUUUGGCGUCUCUAUCGAGAUCAUCCUCUACAGCGUGGCGAUCUGGCAGGGCGGUCUGCUGGAACUGGUGCGUGCCGGCUGCAUCGGCUCGCUGCUGGGCGACCUGCUGCUCCUGCCCGGCUUGUCCAUGAUAUUCGGCGGCAUCAAGUACAAGGAACAGCGGUUCAGUCCCACCGUGGCCGGCGUGUCGUCCGUGCUGCUCAUCAUCUCCAUCAUCGGCAUUUUCACGCCGACGAUGUUCUGGGAGGUGAAUGGUGGCUACGAGUUCGCGUGCAACAACUGCACCGCCGUCUCCACCAACUCGACCAACAUGGCGUGCACUGGCUGCCUGGCGGGCAAGAUCGAGUACAAGGACAACCAGCGCUUCCAGGACAAGGGCGAGCCGCUCAUCUACUGUGUCGCCGCCAUCCUUCCCUUUGCGUACCUGGUGGGCCUGCUGUUCACCCUAAAAACCCACUCGCACCUGUUUGAGAACCCCGAAGAGGAGGAGGGCGAGGGCGGCGGACACGAGGGACCCGAGUGGCCGGUGUGGAAGGCCGUCGUCGUGCUGCUCAUCUCCAUCACCCUCUUCUCCCUCAUCGCCGAGGAAAUGAUCAAGGCCAUCGAACCAACGCUGGACGCGAUCGGCAUCGAGCAGGCCUUCGCCGGCGCCACGGUCAUGGCGCUGGUGCCCUCCUCCGCCGAGUAUGUGAACGCGAUCACGUUCGCCAUGCACAACAACGUGGCGCUUUCGCUUGAAAUCGGGUCCUCGUCAGCCGUCCAGAUCUGCUUGUUGAUGCUUCCCGUUCUCGUGGGCUGGUCGGCCAUUGUGGACCACGAUGUGUCGAUCCUCAUGUUCCCCAUGUUCAUGGUGUUUGCGAUCAUCUUCGCCGUCAUCAUCGUCAACUACCUGUCAAUUGAGGGCAAGGCCAACUACUUCAAGGGAUGCGCCCUGGUCAUCGUCUACAUCCUCUUCAUCGUUGGGCUCUUCUUCCAAUGA